UCGUUGCUUUCCGGCACUGUGUGGCUUCUGCUAUGACCACAGCACCAGACUUCUCUCCCAGCAGUCAGGAUGUCCCCCUAGACGGCACGCCCAGGCCUAUCUCUCUUCCGUGCCCGCCCUCCGUCCAGGAGCAUCAUGGGAAGCGUCAGUAGCCUCAUCUCUGGACACAGUUUUCACAGCAAGCACUGCCGGGCCUCACAGUACAAGCUGCGUAAAUCGUCUCACCUGAAGAAGCUGAACAGGUACUCUGAUGGCUUGCUGAAAUUUGGCUUCUCUCAGGAAACCAGCCACAACAAAUCCAGCUCUAAGGGGAACAAGAAUGAGGACUUCUUUUACAUCAAGGUGAACCAGAAGGCUCAUCGGUCAGACUACACCCCGCUCUCUGGUGGGGACCUGGGAAGCCAGGCGGGAAGGAGCAGUGUGGAUUACGGCACCCCAACACCACCCAAACCGAAGCCAGGCUCCAACCAGCUGGAACUAGCCACAGACAAAAGUUCUACAAGGCCCACAGCCUUCAAGCCUGUGCUCCCUCGCUCAAACACUGUACUUCAUUCCUCUCCAGAACAUGGCAGCCACACCUCCCAGCAGCUUCAGUUCCAGGACAAAGCCAAGGACUUGGAAGUUAAGCCAGCUCCCUGUUCGGGAGGACUCUCAGAUUCAGGGAGGAAUUCCAUGUCUAGCCUCCCCACCCACAGCACUGCCAGCAGCUACCAGCUGGACCCUCUUGUCACCCCUGUAGGGCCCAUCAACCGGUUUGGGGGCUCUGCCCACAACAUAACUCAGAGCGCAGUCCUGCAGGACAGUAACAUGAUGAGCUUGAAGGCCCUGUCCUUCUCUGACGGGGGCACAAAGAUCCUCAAUCCUGACAAAGGGCCUUCUGCUCACCACUCUGCCGGGGAAAAGAACUCCUGCAUCCGCUCGCCCAUCUCCACAGACGAGUCAACGAUUCAGGAACUGGAACAGAAGCUGCUGGAGAGGGAAGGGGAGUUGCAGGACCUCCAGUGCAGCUUCGAGGAGAAGGAGAUUACCUCCUGCCAAAACUUUGAGGAAAAGCAGAGGCGCUGCAGGGAGGAGAUGGAAGGGCUGAAGCAAAAAUGCAACAACAAGCUCAGGCAGGCGUCGCAGAAGUCGCAGAGGGCACAACAGCUGCUGCAGCUCCAGGUGUUCCAGCUGCAGCAGGAGAAGAGGCAGCUCCGUGAGGAACUGGCCAACCUGAUGAAGGAGCAGGACAUGCUGGAGAACAAGCUGAGGUCUUAUGAGAAGGAGAAGACUACCUUCGCUCCAGCAUUGGAGGAAACACAGUGGGAGGUUUGCCAGAAGUCUGGUGAAAUCUCUCUCCUCAAGCAGCAGCUGAAGGAAUCCCAAUCAGAGCUGAACAGCAAGACCAAUGAAGUGCUCAACCUUAAGGCUCAGCUGAAGGACAUCCGGCAGAAGAUGGAGCUUCUGGAGAUGAAGAUUCAGGACCUGGAAGACUCGCUGCGAGCCAAAGCCAUGGAACUGGAGGUCUGUGAGAACGAACUCCAGCGCAAGAAGAACGAGUCGGAGCUUCUGAGGGAGAAGGUGAACUUACUGGAGGAGGAAAUUGCAGAGCUCAGGACAGAUCUCACCAUCCUCAGGGAAGAGAGGAAAUGCGAGGUGGCCUCCAUGGGGCCAGAAGGAAGCAUGGCGGAGGACAUGCAAGCCCUGUGGAGGGAAGUGGAGAGGCUGAAGGCAGAGCUUCAGGAGGAGCACAGCAACAACGAGCAGAUGACGGUGGGCUUCCAGCAGGAACGGCAGACCUGGAAGGAGGAGAAGGAGAAGGUGAUCCAGUACCAGAAGCAGCUGCAGCAGAGCUACUUGCACAUGUACAAGAGGAACCAGAAUCUGGAGAAGAUGCUCCAGCAGCUGGCUGCAGGAGAGGACGGCAAAGAGCCCCUUGAGCUUGACCUACAUGGCACAGAUGUCCCUUAUGAGGACAUUAUUGCCACUGAGAUCUGAAGCAUGUUGCAUCUUCUGCCCACAGUGGAGGAGAUGGGCCUCUCUCAACUCUCAAUGGGGGGGCGGGGGUGUACAGUCCAGGAAAGCCAUCUGUUCAUUGGCUGAGGUCCUUGCUUGGCCAAAGUGAAUCUCCAGCUGUUGUCAUGCCAUGGUUUUUUUGCUUGUUUUUUUUGUCAAGCACUCUCCUCUCCCUGGUCAUACCAACGCCUCUGACUGCAUCAUGUUAAGAAAGAAGAGGGGUGGGUUUCAACAGCUGACUGCUCAGAGUAGCAUCAACACAGGGACUGCCUUGCUACAAAAUGUGUAAGAAUCCCUGUGCCAGGUAGAAUAGGGGGCUCCUUCUUACCUGCCAGCCAGGUACAGAAUUGCCAAGGGGCUGGCAGAGAAGGGAGAGCAGCCCAUUGCCACCCCCUGUGGUGCUCAGAGAUGCCGCUGCAGCUCCCUUGCUCCUACCAAGCCACAAUACAAGGACUGUUCAUGCUCCAGGACCCUCCCAGUGGUUGUGCAGGAGGACUGUGGAAGAAGUGCAGCCUUUGAUCCAUCGUGCCUCUGAUUGUGACACAGAGAGAGCUUGAUGAGACCGCCUCACAAGUCCUUGAGGUAUCCUCUUGAUUCUGAUUGGCUGGAGUUACGCAAGUCACUUGAUCUCCUGAGAUGAGGAGGAGAAGAUUCUGGGAUAUUCUGGAGAACUAAUGGGGCUCAGGUUGUAACUCUGGAGAGGAAGGCACUGGCAAACCAUUUCUCACUUGCCUUGCAAACCCGUUGCCGAAGUCACCAUAAGCCAAUUGCAACUUGACGGCACUGUAGAAACAUACAUAAUUGGGUUGUAAGGCAAGACCUUCCUUGUCCAGGAGAAAAUAACCCUGUUUCCAUAACUGCCUCUUUUACCAGGAUAGCUGUCCAGUCAGGGAAAAAAAUGGGUUAGUGUUCUAGGUUUCUAGAAGCCAUAAUUUGGCAAUCAGCCACUGGAUCUUCCCCCCUUCCUCAUAAUUUAGCAAGACUUCUCUCUCAUAGCUCAACUAGAGUUGAGAGGAGUAUUUGGGCUAGGGGAGGAAACUGAAAUUUCCUUGUAUUUUGAACAGGAAUGUUUGUAUUGAUUUCUGUACAAUGUGAAUGUUUUAUGGAGCUUUUUAAUUUUGCAAAUAGUGUUUAUGUUCCCACAUGCUUCACCUUUUCUUCCAUUUUGCCACUGACCAGGGCAGAUCAGCUAAAUAUAGGGCAGCUCCCUCCCCUUCCUCCUUUGUCCAGACAUUCCAGGGGCUGUGAAAUAUAAAUCCAGUAGAAAGCUAGAGGAGGAAUGGAAGCAGAUGGGCCGAUAACAGGAGGGAACGUGGCAAGCAGUUCCAUAAUGCAGGCAGAUGGAUCAGAAGAUAACUGUGUUCUUGGACAAGAACUGAGUUACAAAUCCAAGACAUUCCAGAGAGCUCUCUGCAGUCUCGCCCUCUUAUUUCUCCCAUGCAUCAUGUCUGGCAUCUGUGGGAGAAUGAGACUUUUUGGAGCAGCAGCCUUACCCACAAUGCUGUUCUUCUCUAUGAGACCUUGCAUGUGUUCUCCUGAUCGACCUUCAGUGGUCCCCUUCUUCCUAAGUCUUCCCAUUCAAAUUUGUUGCUUUUCUAUGGUGGAGCCAUAGAUCAGCAAGACAGUGUAUGCUUUGCAUGCAAAAGGUCCUUGGUUCAGUCCACAUCAUCUCUGGCUAAAGGGAGCAUUAGGAAGGACCCGUCUGACACCUUGGAGAGCAACUGGCAGCCAAAGUAGACAAUAUCAUGCUGGGUGAAUUUGACUUGGUAUAAAAGUUGCUAUGUUUCUUUUGGGAGGGUUGUAAUGUAGUUCAUGGAGCAAUAUGGUUUGCAUAGAGAAGAUCACAGGUUCUGUUGUGGUCAUCUUUGGAUAAAGAGAUCCAGGACAAAAGUAUUGAGGAAACUUGUAAUAAAGACCAUGGAGACGGUCUUUCGGGAGUGGCUAUGGCUCUGUGGUGGACCAUCUACUUGGCCUGCAAAAGGUCCCAGGUUCAACCCCUAGCACCACCAGUUAAAGAUAGUCAUAAUAGGUCAUGUGAGAGCUGCUAACUAUUACUAUUAAGGGGGGGACAGCUCAGUAUAAGCCAGAUUUCUAUGGUCCAGCAAGCUGUACCACAGUUGAACAAACAGAGCAUUUGUUUCAGAGGAAGGACAUCUCCAAAGUGUCCUGAGAACACGUAAGGUUGCUGUAUCAGCCUUCCCAGGUGCUCUGGUGUUGGACAGCUGCUUCUCUUACUUUGAUACCAAACAACUUUGUCAUCCUAAACCAUAGCAGUUCCUCUCUUGUGACCCUGUAGGACACUCUCAUUGGAGCUGAGAAGUUUCUCCUGCUGCUCUGCAGCAGUUCUCAGCACUUCUGGCUCAGCAUUUACCCAGUCUUAAAAAAAAUGAAAUGGAUUUAAUACAUAAGGCAGUGGAAUUGCAUAAACCAGUAUGUCAAACCCCCCCCCCCCCAAAAAAAAAACAUCUUCCAUACUAGAGAAUGUGCUUCUGCAAAGGGAAAGCUUUUAGUGGAGAUCAGACAACUUUGGCAUGCGGCAAAGGAUCAGCACAUCCAACCUGCUUUUUACUUCACAAUCUUCAAGCAGUUUUCACUGGUGUGAUAAAUGUGAGUUCAGUAGGUGGGAGCAUCAUCCCUCCACAUGCUAAACUGUGGCCCAAUGCAUUGGACUGUAUUCUCAACAUGUUCAUUUCU